UAAUACACUUCAGCAUCUUAAGGAGAGCCAUGAGAUGGGACAGGCCCUACAGCAGGCCAGAAAUGUCAUGCAAUCAUGGGUGUUUGUCUCUAAAGAGUUGAUAUCCUUGCUUCACUUAUCCCUGUUGCAUUUAGAAGAAGAUAAAACUACUGUGAGUCAGGAGCAUACAGAAAUCUUGGUCUCUUGCUGUUUUGAUUUACUGAAGAAAUUGAGGGCAAAGCUCCAGAGCCUCAAAGCAGAAAGGGAAGAGGCAAGGCACAGAGAGGAAAUGGCUCUCAGAGGCAAGGAUGUGGCAGAGACAGUGCUGGAGGCUUUCUGUGCACAUGCCAGCCAGCGCAUCAGCCAGCUGGAACAGGACCUAGCAUCCAUGCGGGAAUUCAGAGGCCUUCUAAAGGACACCCAGACCCAACUGGUAGAGCUUCAUACCGAGCAAGAAGAGCUGGUUCGGCAGACAGUGAGUCUUACUUCUACCUUGCAACAAGACUGGAGGUCCAUGCAACUGGAUUAUACAACAUGGACAGCUUUGCUGAGUCGGUCUCAACAACUCACAGAGAAACUUACAGUCAAGAGCCGGCAGGCCCUGCAGGAACGUGAUGCAGCAAUUGAGGAAAAGCAGGAGGUUUCCAGGGAGCUGGUACAAGUCUCUGCCCAGUUAGAGGAGUGCAAAGGCCAAAUAGAACAACUGGAGUUGGAAAACAGUCGUCUAGCAACAGAUCUCCGGGCUCAGUUGCAGAUUCUGGCCAACUUGGACAACCAGCUAAAAGAGCUACAGAGUCAGCAUGCCCAUUGUGCCCAGGACCUGGCUGUGAAGGAUGAGUUACUCUGCCAACUUACCCAGAGCAAUGAGGAGCAGGCUGCUCAAUGGCGAAAGGAAGAGAUGGCACUAAAACACAUGCAGGCAGAACUGCAGCAGCAACAAGCUGUCCUGGCCAAAGAGGUGCGGGACCUGAAAGAGACCUUGGAGUUUGCAGACCAGGAGAAUCAGGUUGCUCACCUGGAACUGGGUCAGGUUGAGUGUCAAUUGAAAACCACACUGGAAGUGCUCCGGGAGCGCAGCUUGCAGUGUGAGAACCUCAGGGACACUGUAGAGAACCUAACGGCUAAACUGGCCAGCACCAUAGUAGAUAACCAGGAGCAAGCCCUGGAGAAAACACGGCAGUACUCUCAAAAGCUAGGGGUGCUGACUGAGCAACUACAGAGCCUGACUCUCUUCCUACAGACAAAACUAAAGGAGAAG